AUGUCGAAUUUGAAAUUCAUAGAAAAAACAUAUGACAUUGACACUUUCACUAUAUUCUCGAGAGAGUACAUCAACCCUUCACAAAUAGCAGUUCUGUAUUUUAUUCACGGCUUCACGGAGUAUGGGGGAUUUUAUCAUGAAGUGGCCGAAUAUUUUUAUCGCCACAAAUUUUCGGUGUUUCUUGUCGAUCUUCCUGGACAUGGGAAAUCGAGUUGUAUGAAAGAAGGAGGACCGACUUAUAUCGAUACGUUUGAACGGUAUAUCAAUGUUCUCAACACGUAUUUUAUCGUGACAAAAAUGAACUCAAACAUCGUGAAAAACUGUUUUAAAAGUGAAAGAGAGAUGAUGUGCGACACUAGUGAUAACCAAAGAAAAAAUGAAGAAAAAGAGAUCCCACAAUUUCUGUUUGGGCACUCAAUGGGUGGUCUUUUAACAUCAAUACUUGCUUCGAGAAACAGUGGGUUUAAAGGGUACAUCACCGCAGCACCGGCGUAUAUCAUCAACAAUUUUGCGACCAAAUAUUUGUCGUGGCCAAUUGAGUUUGGGUUGGUGAUGUCACCAUACUUCAAAAUUGGUAACAAUGGCGCUAAAAACGCGUUUAAUCACAUUAAAAACGCAAUUCGGUUUGGAAAGGAUGAACUUAUUGCAAAAGAAUUUAGUGUCCACACGUGUAUUGAGAUGAAAAGGUACGGUUUCGACGAACAAAUUCGAGAAACAGAAGUGCCUUUUUUGAUAUUCCAAGGAAAAAAUGACAAAAUUGUUGACGUGGAAGGGGCACGAAUGAAAUCGCGUCACAUCAAAAACAAACAUUCUCGAUAUAUAGAAUACCCUGAACAAAACCACAUGCUUCUCGACGAAGAUAAGAAGACUGAUAUUUUUCAAACGGCAAUGGAGUGGUGUUUGGAACUUAUGAAAUAA